UAGUUCGUCAGAGCGCGUCUUCCGAGUCCAAAUUAUUUCGUGUCAAGAAUUCUGCAGAAGUUAAAGGAAAAAUUGGAUUGAAUCGCUUGGUUGUUUAUUAUUUUUUCCGUCGAAUGGUUCUUUAAUGUUUCUCUAAGAACCCUCCAUUCCUUCUUUCGUCCUCUGUCCCCAACUCCGGUCGUCAUAAUGGUUGAGUGCCCAAUUUGUAAGAAACAAGUCCAGUCCCCGAAGAUCAACGAACACCUCGAUCAAAGAUGCGAAACUUUUAUUAUUGAUCCCUCAACGAUAUCCUCCUCUCCUCACAUGUCUUCAACUCAGGGAAACACCGUCGUGUCGGCAUCGCAGAAACGGCCUGCAUCGAGCUUUUUCCAAACCCCUUCUGCCAAACGUCAACACUCGAUACCCGCCAAGGUCGCCACACCCCUAGUCAACGGGAAUACGGGAGCAACAAAACUAAACGGGGGCCUCAAACGCUCAUUCGACGAGGGACCGGGCGAGGAAUCACCUUUGCAGAAUGGGGGCAGUAGGACGGACGACGCAGCACCCCCAGAGACCGGGCCGAUACUAAAGAGGACGAAGACAAACAGAGCAGCCCCCUUGGCCGAGCGCAUGCGACCUCGGAAUUUUGACGAUGUCUUCGGACAAGACUUAGUCGGCCCGCAUGGUGUUCUACGAUCACUAAUCGAAUCCGAUCGAGUACCAUCUAUGAUAUUAUGGGGUGCUUCGGGUACGGGCAAAACCACUAUCGCACGUUGCAUCGCAAGUAUGGUCGGCUCACGGUUCAUCGAGAUGAACGCGACAAGCUCGGGAGUGGCAGAAUGCAAGAAAAUAUUCAAUGACGCAGCAAAUGAGUUGGCACUAACUGGUCGGAAAACGAUAAUAUUUUGCGACGAGAUACACCGCUUCUCGAAGUCCCAGCAAGACGUGUUUCUCAAACCUGUUGAAGCAGGCACUAUUACGCUCAUCGGCGCAACAACCGAAAAUCCAAGUUUUAAGAUCGUCAACGCGCUGCUUUCGAGAUGUCGUACUUUCACCUUACAGAAAUUAACGACUACCGACGUCCAACGUGUAUUGAUGCGAGCAUUACAAGCUGAACUCUCCAUCACAUCAUCGCCGCCAUCCUCCCUUCUUGACGAGGAACUAAUAACCUACCUUGCCAACUUCGCCGAUGGUGAUGCACGAACGGCACUCAACCUAUUGGAACUAGCUAUGUCCUUAUCAAAUAAGGAGGGAAUGACAAAGGAGGGUAUGAAGGCAUCGUUGACGAAGACCUUAGUCUACGACCGAGCAGGCGAUCAACAUUACGACACAAUCUCCGCAUUCCAUAAGUCAGUCCGGGGCUCUGAUCCGGAUGCUGCACUAUACUACCUAGCCCGCAUGCUUCAGUCGGGAGAAGAUCCGCUGUUCAUAGCAAGACGUAUGGUUGUAAUCGCAUCGGAAGAUGUCGGGCUCGCAGAUAGUUCACUUCUCACCCUAGCAACAUCGACCUACACCGCAACUCAGCAAAUCGGUAUGCCAGAGGCCCGCAUACCUCUAGCCCACUGUACGGUAGCACUCACCCUCGCGCCAAAGAGCACACGCGCCUACAGAGGAUUAAAUAACGCCUUCGCCGCUCUAAAGGAACCUGGCGUGGCGGCAUUACCCGUGCCUAUUCAUCUACGAAAUGCGCCGACGAGGCUUAUGAAGGAGCUCGGAUACGGAAAAGAGUAUAAAUACAAUCCCAAUUACAAGGAUGGAAAGGUGAAGCAGGAUUACCUUCCUGACGCACUACUUGGACGCACGUUCCUAGAGGACCGGGACUUGGGUACUGAGUUAGACUCUGACUUGGUCAUGGAAGAUGCCUGAUUCUGGGGCGAGCACGACACAAAAAAUGCACAGUAGGAUUCAACUCUGGAUUCUGCGUCUAUGUAAUAUAAAGUACAUUAGACAUUCUGGAUAUGCCUGGCGUGGAUUGUACGAUUACUGAGAUUAAAAGGAUACCCCGUGCACAAAUAGCCACCCGCGAUCAGGAUAACUAAAUAAUGAAAAGUUAUCCAUCUAUAAGAGCAACCUUCCAGCAAUAAUAUGGCGAAACGAUUGAAGUGAGUGCACCUAAAACCGAAGUGGGCACUUACAAAUACCCACGUAUCUCGACAGCGAAUUGCUCUAUGACACGAAUAAUCUCGAUAGUGACAACUAUACCUUCAUCUACCCAAGAACCACAUUACUUUCUAGACCCAGAGCAGCGAAAUGCCAAUGAGUUCUGUCAGGGCCUAACUCUAAAGGUGACUAGUCCGCUAAGUUUUCCUACCUAGUUAGCUGUCAUUGGCUAAAAUGCCAUGAGACAUUCCAGAUUUGGUAAUUCUUGAUGCAUGGGUCUAGGCUUCGUGUUACCAGGCGAAACUCUAGCUUCCCCCCGUAGUUCGAAAUGAAGUUAGGGCCAGGCGCCUGCUCUUUUCGUAGUCAUACGAAGUUACUGUCC